AUGUCCGCCCCACGUAUACUCCAUCGCCUCGCGCGACCAGUGCCAUCAUCCCUAAGCACAAUCACAAGACUGAACGGCCACCGCCAAUUCGGCGCGACAGCUCUCCGUCUCAAAGAUGGCAACGACGAAGCUGCCUCUGGGGUAAAGGCGCACCGCGCCAACCAGACCGACAAGGUCCCGAACCAAUUCGUGCCCAACACAACCUCCACUAUGACAAAGGACUUCCCCAGUGUCGGCGAGAAGCCCCCGCCACCGGAGAUGCUGAACUCAGCCGACCCCAACUACAGACCGUCCGAUCCGUACCCGGGACGGAUUGAGCAUUUCACCGGUGGUCGUCAAGACGAUGGAGCGCGCAAGCCCGAGCUUGAAGUUGGUGAGAUGGAGGGUAUUACGUUUAAGAUUGAGCCUCUGAAGAGGGUUGGGGAAGAUCUUGUCACGAAGAGGGCACGUCUGCUAUACCAAAGCCGCAAGCGUGGAAUCCUCGAGUCGGACCUGCUCCUCUCGACUUUCGCAGAUGUCUACCUGGGCAAGAUGGACUACGAUCAGCUUGUCGCGUAUGACAACUUCCUCGAUGAGAACGACUGGGACAUCUACUACUGGGCCACGCAGGACCCGCCUGAGGAUAUCUCACCCGACGCUCCUAAGGAGGAUACCAUCACCGAGACUUGGAAGGAGACCGGUGCCAAGAGCGGUGAAUGGGCGCAGACUAUUGGCGCUUUCAGAGCUGCUUACCGGCCUAUUCCGUCACGCUGGCAGGACUCUGAGGUUCUCACGCUGCUCAGAGAGCAUGUUCGCGAUAAGAGCGCUCUUGGCUUUGAGAAGGCCAAGAAUAAGAAGAUUGGCGGUGGUAAUGGCUUGGGGAGAAUGCCUGAUGUUCAGGUGUUCCACUCGUAA